AGGGCGACCGAGUGACACGCCAAUCACUUGGCCACGCAGGGUUCCAGGUGCCCAGACCGCUUCCACCACGGGCCUCACGCACAGGGGAGUACACUCUGGCCGAGCUAGAGAUCUUCACGCGGCCUGACACCGAUUUGACACGCUACCUACGUCCCGGCAUGGACUAUGCAGUUUACCAGAGAGAGCGCUCGGCGGGGCCGCUGAGAGUGCGAGAGUUCAGGGAGGUUCGAAGUCAGGCCCGCGGAGCUGCUGAGGAGAGGAGAGCCAUCACUGUGAGGCAGAGCAGUGAUGAGAGUCUCGUGAGACGGGGUCCGAGCGGACUUGUGAGAGGUGGGCCAUCAGAAUUGACGUGGCAGAUAGCAGUGGUGGACUCUCAGGGCAAUCCGGCUGAGCUACACCUAGUCCCUGCCAAAGUUGAGCCAACGCCCAUCACUGUGCCGGUGCCCAAUGAGUGGGUGAAUGAGGCUGUUCGGCGCAUGCUCGCACUGGAGAACGUGAUAAGGUGAGCGGCAAGUGGCCUGCCUUUGGACUUGCGCUACCCACCACCGGCAGCUCAGAGAUCUCAGACACAGCGACGGGCGGCUCCUAGGAGAAAAAGUGCCAGAGAACCUCCACAAAAGAAGCUAGCAACUAGGACUCCUGCUCCUCCACCCACUACUAGACCACAGACGCGGGGCGUACAGCCACCUGCUGCGAGUGAGGAGGCGGCCCGUGAGGCCGUGGCGCGCGCUGAGGAGAGGUAUCAACUGAAGAUGCGCCAAAGGCCCUCGCAAAACGAGCCGGUCCGCAAGAAGCGGCUGAUCCUGCCUAUGGACUCUGAGGAAGAAGGGGAAGAGGAGGGAGAAGAAGAAGAAGAAGACAAGGAGGCGCCUGACAGCAGCAGCUCAGACAACUCAGCGGACGAUCCUGGUUUUAGACAGGAUCCUAGAGAGAAGGACGACGACGACGACGACGACGGAGAUGGUGAUUGGUUCGGAGAAGACUGAGGGUCAUUGAGAAGCCUCAUUUCACUUUCCGCAUUCUUGAUUUUUGCUUUUGGGCCUGCGCGCCCGCGUAGAUAGAUUGAAGGCCGGAGUGCCUUAGUUGAUACUUGAUACAUGUUUUUGGGGCCUGUGUGCCUUUUUGACUUGAUGGGCGAGUAUGCCCGAGUUGACAUGAUGACUUUUGACUGGCCGAAGCGCCGCACGCACAAUAUUCUUUACUUUGACAUGGAUAGAUUAUGGCUUAGCUAUAAAAUUUGCAUUUUCGGUUUA